AUGUCGGAGGAAUCCAACCUAGCGACGCAGCAUUAUUUAGCAGAGGCUGCUCAUCUCCUGUAUCGUGAUGCACCCGAAACAUCUGCUCUUCUCUCGCAUCGACGCAUCCAGCUCGCUGAGCAGCGGCCUGAUUCAGCUACCAAUCCCGAUAUCGAGCGCCAACGCGCGUGCGUAGCUUGUGGCCAAAUCUUUGUGCUAGGAGUAGACUCAUCACUCCAGCUGAAAGGCGCAACUCGGCCAAAAAGAACCAAAUCGCGUGCAUCUAUCCCCGAGAGCCAGGCGUCUGGCGUGUGUAAAGAGAUUACUUGCGGACGAUGCCACCAAGUCACGCGCAUCCAGUUGGCUCCGCCGAAGCGCGUAUACCGAAUACCGGUAAAGACAAAUGAGUCAACCAAGGCAAAGACAAGGCCAUCGGAGACUAUCUAUGAGAAGCAAGAAGAGCUGCCCAAAGCGAGUGCAAAUGCAGUGAGCAAGAAGAGAGCUAAGAACCGAAAGGGCGGCCUUCAGGCGCUCCUAUCUUCUCAGCCGAAACCUGCAAAAUCUCUCAGUCUAUCUGAUUUUAUUAAAUGA